CGCUACAAACGCACACAAUCUCGAUCACUUUCUUCUUCGUUAUCUCCAUUUUUUCAAAUUUCUUCGCUACAUUCGCAAUUUCUAACGGCGUCGUACUGAAACGGAAAUUAUGGAAGAUUCCGACUCCGAAACACCGACAUGGGAAGAAAUAGAGGCUUCAGAGAGCUACCUUGUUUGCUCCAUGUAUGAACAAGCUGCAUCAUUAGCUUCCUCUAUCUUGAAACGCUUGCCUCGUGAUUAUGAUCACAGAGACACUGCAAUUCAAGAUAUGCUUCAAUCAACUGCUAUGGUCCUCAUUCAAGCAUUCGAUCAGCUUGGCAGGACACCGGAAAUUCUUGAUCAACUUAGAAUGUAUUUCAUUUCACUAAAAGCUGUUCCUGCACAAGUUCUCCUUACUGGAGCCUGUUUUCAAAUAGCACAAGGUUCUGCUUUGGGUGUUCGAGAAUUUCUCGAAGAAUUUCUUAAUGGAUGGACUCUUGGUGAUGGGAAAUAUGAUGCUGUCAUUGCAGAAGCAAAUGUAGAGCAUGGAAAUAGUUUCGAAAGGCAUUUUGUUCUUGGAAUUGAUGAAUAUUUGGAAGUCGUUGAAGUCUUUGCCAUCACACUUCUUGCAACGGUUCUAGAAGAUGUAGAUCUUGCAAUUUCCUGGGUUGAAAAUGCUCCAUUGCCUGAGGAAAACCGACAGGGACUUCUGAGAAGGUUACACUCUAUGCAUUCUCUUAAAAACACCAUUUUGUCUCAAGUUUCCUCUCUGCAAUCACCUACAACGGCUACAGAUAACAACGAAACUUAUUCGUUGAAAGAAUUACACGAGAGUAGAGGAUUGCCUGAAGCAUUGAAAGGCAAGUAUGCCAACAAUAAAAUGUAUAGAUCUAAAGAUGGAGGGUCAAAAUUGUCUGAACGAAUAGAGACAUGUUUCUGGUGUUUCCGUUCUAUUAAUUUGAAGUUUGGUAAUGCGGAGUUCGUCGUACCUAGUGGGAAGAUUAUACUUGGUUGUAUGAUCUUGUUUGUCUGUUAUGUUAUCAAAAGAAAGCAAGCUACUUUAAAAAGGACUGUAAGAAGACAAGUGGUCGCAGUGAAGAGGGCUUUGGUCGAUUUAUGGCAGCUUGCAUUUUCAUAUCAAGUUAAUCCUUUAGCCGCUGUUGAACCACUCGUUGUUGCAACACGUCAAGGUCAGUGAUGAAGUUGUUGAUCAAGCAUGACCUUCAAGACUGUGUCAUAAGUAAUCCUUAGAAUACCAGCUUGGCUAUCCUUCUUGUACCGGAAAAGGCAAUAUGUUGUUUAGAAAGGUGCUUGCUUAAGCUGAUCCAUAAAGCCUUGAGAAAUUAUGUGCCUUGAGUUUGUAUGAAAAUUUGUACAUAAUAAAUGCAUCUAUAAAAGAAGUGCUCGAGAUUUGCGCU